GUUGUCUAUUUGUGAUUGACAGCUUCAGUGGUUGUUGUGGUUACGGAACAUUGAGGCCUGGUUUCUGCCGCGAUCUCCGGGCUGUGGGUGAGCUGAACGUGCUGAAGGCCACAACCUGGUGAAGGGAUGGAGUCUCGAGCCUUCAAAAACCCUUUCCCGGACUACGAAGGACCGGCUUCCACUGAGCGGCUUUUUGAUUCAGGCGGGAAUUUAACCAGUGACUACAUUCAGCGACUGCAGAGCAAAAUCAGUGAAUUACUGCAACAUAUGGAAAAUGGGUUGAUAAAAGCUGAUGAAACAGACUGUACCAGCUACACUGGAUGGGCAGGGAUUGCUUUACUGUAUCUGCAUCUACACAAUAUUUAUGGAGAUCAGUCCUUCCUGCAGAAAGCUCUACAGUAUGUAAAUAAAAGUCUGAAAUGUCUUACUGGGCGUGUAGUGACUUUCCUCUGUGGUGAUGCAGGCCCGCUGGCUGUAGCUGCAGUUGUGCACCAUAAGUUGCGACAAACUCAAGAAUCGGACAGUUAUAUCAAUCAGCUUCUCCGAUUACAUCAGUCUGUCGUGAAGCUGAAUUCAAGACUUCCAGAUGAGAUGCUCUAUGGUCGGAUGGGCUAUCUAUAUGCAUUAUUAUUUGUUAAUGACCAGUUUGGCAAUGAGAAAAUACCAUUGCAGUAUAUGAAACAGAUUUGCGAUGCUGUCAUAAGUUCUGGAGAGAAGCUAGGCAGCAGGAAACGGAUCUCCAGAAGUCCAUUAAUGUAUGAGUGGUACCAGGAGCAUUAUGUUGGAGCAGCUCAUGGCUUAGCUGGAAUCUAUUAUUUCCUGAUGCAGCCAGAGUUUGGGAUUGAUCAAGAAGCAAUUGUCAAGCUGGUGAAGCCCAGUGUGGACUAUGUUUGUCAGCUAAAGUUUUCAUCAGGAAAUUAUCCUCCAUGUAUAGGUGAAUCCAGAGAUAACCUAGUUCACUGGUGUCAUGGGUCACCUGGCGUUAUUUACAUGCUCAUACAAGCUUAUAAGAUUUUCCAGGAAGGAAAGUACCUGAAAGAUGCUUCUGAUUGUGCAGAAGUGAUUUGGCAUAGAGGGCUGUUAAAGAAAGGAUACGGACUGUGCCAUGGGCCAGCUGGGAAUGCUUAUGGAUUUCUAGCCAUGUACAAUCUUACUCAAGAUGAGAAGUAUUUGUACAGAGCUUGCAAGUUUGCAGAAUGGUGCUUUGACUAUGGGAAGCAUGGCUGUAGAACACCAGACACUCCUUUCUCUCUCUUUGAAGGGAUGGCAGGAACUAUUUACUUCCUUGCUGACUUGCUGCAGCCCACAAAGGCGAAAUUCCCUGCAUUUGAAGUGUAAAUCAAACAUGGUAUUUGCGCACAUUGUCAGAUAUGAUGCAUUGCUUUCUCCAGUAAAACAGCUCAUGCAUGUUUCUGUUAUGAACUAUGGAUACAGAAGAUGCUGAUGGAAAGAUUGUUUGUGAUGAAUAGCUUCAUUUACCAGUAGUGCUUCUACUCUACUUAGUGCUACACUCGAAUAUCUGAGGUUUUUGCAUGACUUAAACAUUACAAUAUUGUAAAAGAAAUGUCAGUGGAAUAUCUUUUUUCAUAAAAGUGCACAGUGUCUUGGAUGUAUUAUUGCAUUGUAAACCAGUGCCAAGCUUUUAUUCUGAAAUCAUAUAACUUGUGCAGCUACAGAUGCCAUGAGCAUCUGAAGUUUGUUUCACAGUGCAAUAUUGAGUAGCUGCUACUUAAACAGCCUUGUUAGUAUUCCAUUUUCCUAAAGCAAUAGUGUUAAUUAAUUGGUUUGUUUGAAAGAAAAUAAUAUUUGAAAGAAAACAUAGCAGUGGCUGUGUUUAGAAUUUUUUUUUUAAGCAUCUUCAUCAACAUUUGUUUAUACUGUUUCCUAAUGGGCAGCAUUUUGUAAACAGUUGGCUGAUAGGAUAGGCCUCUAGGUCUAGGUAGGACACGUAGUUUAGAACAUACUUAUGUUUAUUUUCCAAAAUGUUAGUUGUACUUGAUGUGAAAAAGUACAGUAUAAAAAACUCUCAUUGUUAUAAUUCAUUCAGUUAUCCACAUACAGUUUUUAGAGUUUUGUGAGGUUGAGGGGCAUUUUCAUUUUAUCUUAAAAUUGACAUUGAAACUGACAGAUAACAAAUUUUUGUUGGCUUGAUGUUUUCUAGUAAUUGCUGCUCUUGUUCACCUGUUCUUUUCAUAUUAAUGAUAUGAAACUCCCCAUUCUAUAAAUACAUUUGUUCAAUUUCGAUUCUUGUUAGUUGGCAGUACUUUUGCAUGCUUUGUAAAGCAAUUGAAAGGCCAUAGUAAAACUCAGUUUUUCAGUCUUCAACACUGAAAGCUGAGUGCUUAACCAUAUCAUAUAGGAAUUUUUUUCCUGGUCUGCAAUCUGUGCAAAGUACUAUUGAGUGUAUAGCGAAAUGUAUUAACUGUACAAAGAAAAUGGAUUCACAAAAUAAUCUGUUAAUUGAAGCAAAAUAAAAAUGUAUUCUUCUUGUG